AUGCUUACUUGGCUGGCUGGGCUUAGGAACCCAAAGCAUCAUAAGACUCUAGAGAAGUGUAUUAAGAAGGCCUUUAGUGGUUUACAUAAUGAGUCAUCAGAUCUUGCGCUCUCCGUCAACGGGUCUCACGUCCUCCCCCAACAUGUAUUCGAUAUACUCCAGCUUACCGCCAUGUUUGCAGGUUCAGUGCUCACCGCCAUCGCACCUAACUGGAGAGCUAGUGUUGCAUCAAGAACUGUGAAGCCUAACUCUUCCACCCAGUCUGACGAGUUAGAUUGCUCCGCCCUCCUCUGCCAGCUGCUUGACUACGUGUACGCCUGCCACCACCAGUUGCAGUUCCUGAAGGCGCAGUGUAAACGAGAUAAACUAAGUGGUGGUUGGAAAAAUGAUGAGUACGGCAGUGACAUCACUUCUUCCAAGUCCCCCCUCCAGGCGUUCCUGACUGACGGCUGGGACUCCACCUUCAAAACUCACCCCUUCGACCCGUGCAACCUGUGCCUAAGGAGCCGCGUCAGGAUGGGAUUCAGGGACAGAGAUUUACCGAGUAGUCAACAAACUGGCGACACCCUUUCUUCCAUCCUCACUCCCAGCUGCGGAGGUGAGCAGCAUGAUUCGCUAGUCGACACGAAAUAG